GGAAUGGUAAACACACCAGGAUGCCACAUACCAAUAGCUAUGGUCGAUUAUGAGAAACACGUUAGUAACACUACAAAUAACAAGAACGAAAUGUGUGGUAAACGAGCCGUAUUUAUACGAAAAUAUGACAAGGAUAAAGUAAUAGUUCGAAUCAAAUCUGCAGUUCUGAAGAAAUAUUCCAAGCUUAAAAUACAUAGUGUACAUACUCAGUGUUGUUACAAGUUUAUUAUUGACACUAUUGAUAUUAUAAUUUUUCAUGACCGUUUCAGGUACAGCAAUUGCACAGAUUUCAGAGACGAGGAAAUCAUAACUUUGAAAUCUGAUUUCAUAAAUGUUAUGUGCUACGAGCUUGAUAUAAACGGUACGUCACAUGUGAUCUACGAAGAUGUAUACGCUUUCACUAAGAAAAUUGAAUAUUCCAAACCCAAUGAGAAAAAUUGUAGGAUCAAAUUCAAUGUUCUCAUACUGGGAAUGGAUGCUAUGUCAUUGCCUCGAGUCGUGAAAACUAUGCCCAGAACAAUAGCUUACUUGAAAGACGAUAACUGGCUCGGAUUUAGGGGAUAUCACAAGAUUGGGGAUAAUUCCUUGCCGAACAUAUUGGCACUAUUGACGGGAAAAAAUAUGACUUCAAUCAUAGAACAAUGUUUUGCAUCAAUGGAUGACUGUAACUACCUUUUAAUUUGGAGUGCAUUUAAGGACGCUGGUUACGUAACAGCCUAUGGGGAAGAAAACCUAAAAUUAGCGAACACAUUCACUAAAGAGUACAAAUUUCUUAAGAAUCCUACCGAUCACUACAUGCAACCGUUUUAUCUAACAGAUGAACGAAAUCCCAGAAACAGAUCAUUAUGCACUGGAAAAAUAUCGUCGGGACAACAACUCUUAGAUUAUGCUAGAGAUUUCGCUAGUACCUAUAGGAGAGAUUCAUUCUUUGGUUUCUUUUGGUUAAAUUCGUUUAGUUACGACGAGAAAAGUCGACCAGAAGACGCAGACAAACUAAUUGAGAAUUUCUUGAAUCAAUUAACUUACACGGGUAUUAUGACGAAUACUUUUGUAAUCUUUUUAAGUGACCAUGGUCUCCGGUUUGGUAGGAGUCGUCUUAAAGCAGAAAGUUACUACGACGAUCGUAUGCCUAUGAAUUUUAUGUGGGUGCCAUUACUUUUUAAGGGAAAGCAUCCUUAUGAACUCAGAGCAAUGGCGAUAAACCAGUACAAGCUAGCAACACCUUACGAUCUUUAUAGUACCCUCCAAGAUAUCAAGAAAAUAUCUUUGUGUAGCAAUUCUACUGACCCAGCACCUGAAGGUUGCCCGAAUUGCCACUCCUUGUUUGAAGUUAUUGACAGUAAUCGUACAUGCCAGGACGCGGCCAUCAACGAGAAGUGGUGUAGCUGCCACAAGCUAUUCCCCCUACCUAUUCAAGAUCCUAUAGGAAUAAAAAGUGUAAACGCGGUCGUGAGUUACAUGAAAAGUAUGGCGAUGACAAUCGAGACACAAAAAUGUUGGAGUUGUGCACUUCCUUCUCUAAAAAAAGUUGAACGAAUAAAUUUUUAUUACGAUGAAGGUAAAGUAAACAUUUAUUAUGUUGUGGCACUCACUAUAUCACCAGGUAACGGAACAUACGAAGCAACUGUGUUGCGGAAAAAUGGAUACACUGUUAUUGGGCCACUUAGCUUUAUCUCAUACUAUAGAGGUUUAGGAAAAUGUGCAUUAAAUCGCAGAGAUCGCCUGUUCUGUGUCUGUCAGCAACAACAAUGCUAAUACUUUGAAACUUGCGACACUCACUCCUAUACUCUGUUUCAGUGAGAGAAGAAUUGAUAUUCUUGGUUCAUCGGUUAUAGAUAAAUCAAUGUAUUUUAAAUAAGAAGUGUUCAAUAUAAAAUUGGUAUGAUAAAAUCUGCACUUGUUUCAUUUUGGUGUUUUGGUCCAAAAGUACCAACGAAGUCAGACGACGAAAUUACUAACGAAAAUAAUUAUCAAAGAGCAGUGGCAAGUCACGCAAUCACAGACUUCUAAACAGACAUUCAAAAUAAAAACAAUUAGGUAGGUAGGUACAGACAAACAUGUGUAACCUGAUUGGUCCUGCUUGUUAUCACUGAUCACCCAGUCUUCAUGAAACCUAAGUUCCAACUGAAGAAAUUCCAUUGGCUUGUUAUAUUAUCGCAUAAAACCAAACAGUUCUAAUAUGAAGGACAUCGUAAACCAUUUGUAGACGCAUAAUAAACUUUAAUUAAACAAUUAGAAUAAACCGCAAUUUUGAAGCAGUAAUAAAAUACACCGUGCAAUACCUAGUUACGACCAUGUGAUAAAACGACGUAUUGAAACAAGGCGGUUGUUUUAAAUAUGAAAUGUGAAAUAUUUUAACGAAAAAAUAUUUAAGAUUUUAACCAAGUGCAUCUUCUCUCUAUAACGACAUACUUACUCGUAGUAAGUAAAACCAGUGGACCUACCUUGGAGACCAUGCUGCCAAUUAAUAAAACAAAUAAAUACUUGAUCUUCUUGGCAAUCCAAAGAAAGUGGCCCAGAUUCUGCAUAAUAGCGAUACUUCUAUUUGCCACGAUGGUAUUCAUACCGACAUACUUUGGCGUAAGGAAGAUAUUACGACUGAAAAUAAAUCUUCCAGCAAGAACAUUGGGAAAGCUCGAAAAAGACGAUAAGGUUGACUUUAGAAGUCAAGAAACUCAAGAUUACCUCAUCAAUACACCCGGGUGCUACAUACCAAAUUAUGCGAAACAUUUCAAAUACAAUGAAUCAUUCCCAAAAUCUUCAUACAUGUGUAACCCACGCGCCGUUAUGGUAUACCCGCAAGACAACAAUACGAUACAAUUUCAAAUAGACGAGAGACAAAUGAAAAA